AGCUCUGCCUCUGAGGUGGUCAUUCAGUUGAAAGUUAUCCCCACUGGGUGUGACAUUAAGGACUUAGUCUGGUUGGCUGGCGUGUCGUGCUGGGGCCAGGAUUGACUGGAACCGUGUUCAUCCUACUGGCCGUUGUGCCGUUUUAUCGUUAUACCGUGGAGUGUUAAGGGCCCCCCGCCUCUUAGCUCGCCUCUGACCUAUCGCAGACCCUCGCCUGAUAUCUGGACCCAUUCCUUGGACCCAUUCACCUCCAUCCCGUUCCUGCGGUUUGAUUACGUGACCAUCAUGCCCCGACGAGGACGUGCCGCUUCGCCCCCUCGUGCCAGCAGCCCCGCCCCCCGCGCGGCGGCUCCGCGCCCGGCCGCCCCGGCUCCGACACACGCCCCCUCUCAAGUACCGGCCCACGCGCCCCCGGCUCAACCCAUGAUGGGCGGGGCCCAACCUCAGCCACCCUCACUAAUGAAACAGAUGGCUGUCACGGCCGGCGGUGUAGCCGUGGGGUCGGCCGUUGGUCAUACUAUGGGCCACGCCAUGACGGGCAUGUUUUCCGGUGGCGGAAGCUCGGACCCAGCAGCCCCCGCCCAAUCGAACGCCCCCGCCCCCUCCGGUGGCUAUGGAUCUCAGCCCAAUGAACCGACGGGCGCUUGCGCUUGGGAGAUCAAGCAGUUCAUCCAAUGCGCUCAGAAUCAGUCGGAUCUGUCUUUGUGCGAGGGAUUCAAUGAGGCUUUGCGUCAGUGCAAGCAAGUCAAUGGGAUGUGAAUGAGCGGGGAGAGGACCCGAUUGGAAGCACUCUCUCCCUUGAGUCGCCCCCCACCCUUUGUUAGUAGUGCGUAGUCGACUGACGUAGGUGAUUGAUUACUGGUGUUUCAUUGGCUGCCCUAACCAUGUGAUUGAAUUCAAAUAAAUUGUGGACCAGUCUCCAUUGCCACGAAUUGA